AAAAAAAAAUCUCGCGUGCGCGUUCGGUUGGAGUUUUGUGCAAGAUUUUUGAAAAUUUGGUAGAAAUUUCAUUAUUUACCGCAUGUUUUGGUAGUUUAUCGGAUAAGUUUAAAGAAACCUUUUACCGCAAUGCCCACGCAUCGUUUGUUCGUGGGAAACAUCCCCGCGGGAACCGGUGAGGAUGAGCUGAAGCAGGAGUUCUCCGCUUACGGGCCAGUGAAAGCAAUCGACCUCAAGACCAAACCGAAUCCGCUAAACAACUCGGUGGACACCUUUGCCUUCGUUAACGUUGAGCUGGACGAACGCACCCUGUGGCAGUGCAUCAACGAGUUCCGCCAGCAGCAAUACAAGGGCGUUUAUCUGAAUGUGUCGAAGGCGAAGGAAUCGUUUUUGGAUCGCUUAAAAAGGGAACGGGAGGAAGCGGAGGUGGCCAAGCAGACCAGCGAUGUGCUGAAUCCUUACAAGAAAGUGGAGGAGGAGAAGCCUGUUAAGAAGGAGGCUGAGGCUCUUCCGGUGCUGCCAACUAUCAAGAAGGAACUGGAAAGCUCCAGCUCUGAAUCAGAGGAGGAAGAGGAUGCUCCUGCUCCGGCGCCUGUUCGACGACCAACUGCACCAGUUAGGAAAGCCCCUGAUGCCGAUGGGGACCAGCUUGUGCGAAAAUGGAACCAGGAAACCUACAUCGAACAUGGAAAGCUGAAGAUCGUUCAAAUUACGGGUCAGGUGAAGGAAGUCAUCGACAAGGGUAAACAUCGGAAUCAGCAGCCUGGGAAGGAACUGGACGAAAAAGCCCGUCUGGCCGAUGAGAAGCGGAAGCAAGGGUUGUCGAAGCUGCAGAAUGCCUACGAGCAACAGAAGUUGCUCAUACAGACGGCGCUGGCCGGAGGCGACGCUAACAAACGGAAGAAAAUCGUUUUCGAUGACGAUGAGGAGGACGAUGAUACGGCGGCGGCGAAGAAAUCCAAACUGGCGCUGUUUGACGACGAGGAUGGCGAGGAUGGAUUCAAAGCGAACUUCACCGUUAGGAAGCAGCUGGCGGAAAAUACGGAGAAAGGCCAACGGCUGUUUGACAUGCAAACGCAGUUCCACGGUGAUUCACGAUUCAAAUUGGACGAGCGCUUCCUUGCGGAUGACGAUUCAGCAGCCGGGCGAAGGAAGAAGAAGCUACUGGAACGUGAGAAAGCUGUUCUGGACAAAAGUGCUGGCAAAGUAGCGAACAAUCAGGAACGCAAGAAGCAGCUGGAAAUUCUUUCUAAAGUAACUGGAAAGGACAUUUACGAUCGCGAGCAGUUCAAAAAGGAUGAAGCGGGAGCGAAGGGAAUGCAACGGUUUGAUCCUUCGGUUAAAAAGGAUACACCGAAACAAGAAGCGAAAAAGGCCGCGAAAGAUGAACCGACCGAGGAAGAACUUCUGAAAGCGAAGCGGGCUGAACGUCCCGAGGAGACGUUCCAAGUGACGGAGGAGAAGUUCUUCAAAGUUUCGGGCGAUCUGACGCAAGCGAUCGGAUCCAGUUCCGGAGGUUUUAGCUUACUGUCGAUGUUUGGAUCCGCUUCUGCUGAAGAUAAUAAAACUGCGGAGGAUGAGGACGAAGAACAGGAAAUAGACACAAGCAAGCCAAUGUAUAGCGAUGCUCGAUUCAAGUACGAAUCAUCGGAGAGCGAAGAUGAAGAUGAGCAGCAGAAUCAACCUGACAAACAAGAGCAGGAAGAAGCAGAAGAGGAAGAACCUACUCAAGCAGUACCGCAAGAGGAAGAAACGAAGAAGAAAAAGAAAGCCGGAUACUAUUCCAAGCAGGGCAUCUGGAAGGAGAAUCUGUUUUUCCUGCCGAACGAUGCUCGACUGGAAGAGGGUAGAAAAUUCUUCACGGAGUUUGCCAGUUCGGUCGCGGAAGAUGUUGCCCACAAGCAGGAAUGGGCCAAGGACAUUCGCAAGAUUUUCAAGAAACGAAGGAAUCGGGAGACAAAGAUCGUUAACCAAAUGAGGGCUAGACGGGGUCAGAAGCUGAUGAAAGGUAAGCGAAAAUAGAUUCUGCUUGUACUACGUGUUACACAA